GAAUCCGCCCCUUUCAGCGUAUAACUGCCUCACAUAUUCCCCGCUGGCUCAGUGUGAGUGGCGGCUCGUGUGCAUCAUGGCUCAGAUGUGGGAGUGACGCUCGAAGCCGAAGUUCGGGGGUCACUCGAUCGCUGCCGGCUGAAAAUGGUCCGUGGUGGAUUUCAUCUGGAUUUUCUACCCUCAACGUGUUCUUCUUGCGCCACCACGUUGCAGUUUUUCAUCUUUGGUCUGAUUCUUGUUUACUACACAACGCCCUUCAGUUCAGAGAAGUGCAAGUCACACAACGUGUCCUCCCGAUAUCACGACUGUGGGACUCACCCAGAUGGAGUUCGUGAUUUGGAUUGUUUUCGGAAGCGUAACGCAGGCAACCCGGUGUGUGUGUGGAAACCUGGACGGCUCUCAUCAGAAAACACGUACACACUCAUCGUACGACAACCAAAAAACUACUGCUAUAAUUAUAGCGUUGCUGACUUCUCUAAAACAAUCAAAAUAUUUCGCGCGUUCGACCUGCUGGUGGAGGUUUUUGAACACAGCAAGUCGUCAAUCUGCACAAAGGCAAAUUUCAGUCAGUCACCUUUGGUGCGGUGUGGUCCUCCGAGCGAGGUGACCUUCAGCCGCCUCUCUGGAGGUCUGCUGGUGGACGUGAGCUGGCCACGGGAGGACGCCAAGGCCAUCGGGAAGUUCUCCGUGAGCUACAAGGCGCCGGGCAGCCGGUCGUGGAGCGAGGGCGUGAUCUCCCUAAACGCAACGACAUGUAGAGUGGACGAUCUGAACUCCUCGCUGGUCUACAGCGUCCGGAUACGCUGCGUCACUAGUAAGAAAUGCCCACAGUGCGCAGUGAGCGAGGCCUACACAGUCCCACCAGAACUGACUUCACGGCCGCUCAUUGUCGACCUUCAAGACACCGACAUUGAGGGAAGAAGAGGCUCCCGGCUGCUUUCUUUAACCUGGAAGUUUCCAGCCAGAGAGCUGCACGAUGGGUACCGCGUGACCGUCGGCAAGGCCUCCGGCGAGCCUCCGCAGGAGCGGAUAACCACCUCUCGCCCCGAGAUCACGCUGAUCAUCUCCCACUCCGCUUAUCGCCUGGCCAUCAGCGCCGUGAACAACGCCAGCACCUCCCCGGCCGUCAGCCGGGCGAUACCGCGGCGAGAGGGCGGGCCGCGUACGGCAGACGGGAAGCUGAACGUGACGGUCCACAGCGACGUAUCUUUCACCAUCUCCUGGAAAGACGAUCUCGUCAAAACCUACGUCUGCUUCUGCGCGGAGUGGAGGAGGAAGGGACACGAAGCAGCAUACAAGUCCUUCUACCAGAACAGAGACAACCACAGGACCUUAUCUCCUCUAUCAGAGCCUUUGGAGCCCUUCAAGCGAUACAGCAUCACUCUGCACACGCGGCCCAACAAGGACACCUGCAACAUGGACGCCGUGAACAACAGCGAGAGCACCUACGGGACCGUGCAGUUCUAUUUCGCCGAAGGACCUCCGGUCGCCGCUCCCGCAAACAUCAGCGGCCCCCGGGUGACGCUAGAUUCGGCGGCGCUGCAGUGGUCGUCCAUCCCGGAGGAAGACGCCCGAGGGUUCCUGCGGGGCUACGUGAUCCACUACAACGAGCUCCACCACGGGAGGCCCGGCACCGAGAGAAAUGUUACGGUGGAUCCGACGCUAAACAGCUUUGAACUGCGGAACCUCGAGAGUGGCACAGCGUACGAGGUCCAGAUGUCGGGCUUCACGGCGGCGGGGGAAGGAGUGCGAAGCCCGGCGACCCGGUUCAAAACCGAGGAGCAAGAAUCUUCUCAUCUCCGUGGCAUCAUCACCAUCUUUGCAGUUGUGGCCACCGUGCUGAUGUUUGGACCCGUUAUCAUAAGAAGGGCGAAAGCCAUUGUGUGGCCGAGCAUCCCGAACCCCGAGAAGAGCAACGCGAUGCAGAACAUAGAGGAGCCGUGCGACCUGGAGCUCCUGGAGUCCAUCACCACGCUGAAGGUGGAGGAGUGGGACACAGCCAGCCUGCGGCUGGUGGAGAAACAAAGCCUGAGCUCCUGCUCAGAGGGGGAGGGAGACUCGGACUGGAUCCGCCGAGACGGCGAGGACUCGGACGGGGAGGUCCCGCGCGACGCCACCGGGGGGGCGAUCCAGGACCUCCGCGGCGCGCCUCUCGCCCCCCCGGGGGGUUACACCACGCUGGACAUGUUUCAGCGGGCCACGGAGAGCCGGCCGGUGACGAGGUCGGGGAUGGACUACAUCGGACAGUUCAGCACCAGCCUGCUGGUGGACGGCGAGGCGGCAGAAAUGUAGCCGAAGCUGCUCAGGUCUGAACAACCAGAAUGUAGCGGCCCAAAAGAGAAACGGGGAUUUACAGAGACAGACGUUUAGACCCUCAGACGGUCAACGCGCACAAACACCCCCUGACGACGGAAUCAUGAGUCAGACGCUUCACUAACGCAGCGUAACCAAGUGAAAAGUCUCUUUAUUGUGGGGAAACAGAGGAGAUGCAUCGCUGGUUUCAAACUGAGGACCACACACACACACACACACACACCAAAGUUCUUCUCCACUGGCUGCAGAUCUUUAGAGUUCACACACAGAUUCUCCUCAGGAGGAACCUUCCUACUGUAUUGACCAAACUGUUUUAUGCUGGAAUCUAUUUUUACUAAACUUGAUCACAACUUCAAACUGAGGUUUUGUGCACAAAAAAAAUAAAAUAAAUAAAAGCAGAAAAAAAUGAGCUUCCUAAAACAAUGUGAAAUUUAAGUAUUUUUAAAAUAUAACCAGUACUGUAAAGAAAGAAAAAAUAAAAACCGCUUGCCGAUACACUUGACACGAUCACAACAAUGAAAACUGCAACACCAGAAAUGUCCGAAAACAAAUGUUGAAAUAAAAAGAAGAAACCACUAAACUCCCAUGAAUGUUCCAUCUACUCUAAAAACCACGAAAGACGGCUGACGAUACUUAAAUAUAACAUCUCAUUAGCUAUUUAACAUCUGAAACAAUAAAUUCAGGUUGCAUUUGUCAAGAAGUCUCCAUAUUUUAUUAGAAUAUUCUGUACAAUCUCAGUCGAGGCACUUUUGACUCUUCUGUGUUUGCAGUGAGCAGACUGGAGACACAUCCGACCCCCCCGGACCCCGUUAGCUCCCUUAGCGACUCUGAGCCUUUUAAGCCCACUUUUUUUUUUUUUUUUAAGAGUUUGUUUUGUAUCUAUAAAAACAGUAAAUAUUUUUUUUGUGUUUUAUCAGCAUUACAAUACAGCAGACGGGAACAUUAUCAUUACAUUGUUGUGACAAAUCGGAAUUAUGAAAAAGAAAAUGUUAUUAAAUGUACACUCAUAAAACAAAAGAGAAAGUAAAACAGGGUUUUUCUCGUCGGCCGAAUGAGUUAUGCAUCUUUUUAUAUAUAAUAUAUUAGCGACUGAACAACUUCUGCACGCUCAUAAUUACAGCACUUGACGCCUUAAAAUCAACAGCGCACAUUUCUGCAGGACCUUCCAGGUCCCGGCUGCAGCAGAAAAAGGACCAAAGCUCCGCUCACGUUGUUAAAGUCUCCCGUUAACAGCAAAUGAGCAUUUUGGUUUCCCAAUUUAAAAGUCUCCUGGAGACGCGUAAAGUACCGUUUGUCUCCACCAGUAAAAAAGAACAGAAUGGGAAGAUGUCGUCAGCAACAGCGGAGGGGGGGGGGGU